AUGUCCAAUGCCACAAAAUUUAGAGCCAUUGCCACAUUAGUUCAAACCAUGGAUUCACCAGUGGUACCAAGUUCAGAUUCCUCGAAUGACGAGACUUAUCAAACGAGGUCAUUAACGGCUAGCAUCACCGAUUACCCUAUGUAUUGGGGGAGGAGAUACCAUCGGUAUAAAGAAGGCACCUAUCUGUUCCCCAACGACGAAGCCGAAAACCAUCGCCUCGAUGUUCAACAUAGCAUACUCAACGAGUUACAUGGUCGCCUCUUCUUUGCCCCUCUUGACCCUGCCAUCACUCGAGUUGUCCUGGAUUUGGGCACUGGUACUGGAAUUUGGCCAAUUGAAUUGGCUGACACGGGCUUGUUGCCCAAAGCUUCCAUCUUCGGCACCGAUCUUUCCGCCGUUCAGCCGUUGGAUGUACCAAACAAUGUUCAUUUUGAGAUUCAAGACUGCUCCGAGGAAGACUGGGUCCGACCUUUUGGAAGCGUCGAUUAUUGCCAUACUCGAUUCCUCGCUGGUAGUCUCACCUCGUAUGAAGAUCUGAUACGGAACUCAAAGCAAUAUCUACGUCCUGGCACCGGCUGGUUGGAAUGUCAAGAACUUCACCCGACUCCUGUCUCAGACGACAAUACCAUACCUGCAGACUGGCCUGCCAAGACUUGGGACGAUAAUCUGGAUUAUGCUUGCACCCAGGCCAUAUACCCACCCCGUCCUAUUCGCAUCGGGCCUGAUAUCAAAACUUGGAUGCAAAGGGCCGGCUACGUUGAUAUCCACGAACACAUCUCCAAGAUCCCAAUCGGCCCUUGGCCGAAAGAUAAACGUCUCAAACGUAUUGGACAGUGGUGGUUGGGGAAUUGGUUAUCCGGGUUACAAGGGUUCUCCCUCAAAACCUUCAGUACCGACGGACUCAAGUGGUCAAGAGAAGAAAUUGAAGUCAUGUUGGCCGAAGUGAGGAAAUCCUUGGCGAUGAAGGAAGUCCAUUCUUAUCACAGGUACUAUGUCGUUUAUGGGAGACGGCCUUCGGUUGAGGAGGAGGAGGAAGCGUUUCACAGUCGGCUGCACUCUCAUGGCUGA